ACAGUACGGGACGUACGGUAUUGUUAUACGGAUAUACGGUAUUGAAUAAACAUUGUCAUUUAUUUUCAUUUGUCAUUUCGUUUUAUUUACGUUGAUUAACUCAAUAACUAACCAACAUAACCAUAAUCCAUAUCUAAAUUCCAAAACUAUUUCAAGUGUAAUCAAUUGUAUGGUUUUUAAGUGUAUAAAUAUUGAAUUAAACGAUGGGUAGGAGUCGUACACCAUCACCAAGACGAAGAGAUCGUUCAAGAGAACGUUACAGAGAUGUUAGAAGGAGACGCUCGAGGGAAAGACGUCGAAGAUCAGUUGAAAAAGACAGAGUCAAGUCUAGGGAUCGAGACAAGGAUGUAAGAGACAGACAUCGUCGAUCGUACUCCAGGUCAAGAUCAAGAGAACGUGAACGUGAACGUCCUAUACCAAAAGGCAAACCUGUCAGUACUGAGAGACCUGCUAUAUCAGAGGCUGAUCUCCAAGGCAAAUCACCUGAAGAACAAGAGAUGAUGAUGACAAUGGGUUUUUGUGGUUUCGAUUCAACAAAAGGCAAAAAAGUUGAUGGUAAUGAUGCUGGUGCUGUUCAUGUCAUUUUGAAACGUAAAUACCGUCAAUACAUGAAUCGUAAAGGUGGUUUUAACAGACCUUUGGAUUUCGUUGCAUAAACAUUUAAAAAAUAUUAAUACAAAUUUUUAUUUAUUUCCUUUUUCAUUUAAAAAUAUAUACAAGAUCUUGAGUAAAUUGUAUUUUCUUAAUUACUAUGUCUUCAUCUAGUUUCAACAACAAAUUUAAUAAUACAAAUGAUUAAUAAAUACUCUUGUAAAUACAAAAAUUAAUACCAUCAAAAAACAAAAUGCAAAUAAUUUUAUUUCAUACAGUUCGAAACGUAAUACAUUUAUUGAAAAUAAUUAUUAUUAUCAUUUGCUUGUUGUUAUUACAUUGUUGAUACUGUAAACACAAAAAAAAAAAAAAAAAAAAAAAAAAAACAAAUAACGGUGAUGUGAAUUCUUUAAGACAAAUAAUUUAAUAAUUUAAAGAAAAAAAGUAACUUAAUGUCUUAUUGAUAAUCAAUAAUUGAUUGUAACUUACUCUAAAGAGGCACAAUAUGUUGUAUAGAUAUAGUCAUAUUAUUAACCGGUUAUUAAGCAUGUGUGGAACAAAAAAUAACAUAGAAAAAAAUGACCGUUACCAUGUCAGUAUGAGUAGUUGAGUUAGUUUCGAUGGCUCUCCCUUUCUUUAAUAAAUCACGGUCGUGUAGUUUUACUUUCUCACAUAUAGCUAUAUACAACGCAUUAAAUUCUGUUUAAAUUUAUUACUUGGUGUUAUUUUUUAUGUAAUUUUUUUAUUUUUUUUAUCUUAUCUUUCUUUUAUUUUUUAAGUAAAAAUAAUAUCUAUAGACACCAUAACGGAGAAACUACACAUCAAUCUUU